AUGGAAUCUAAAACUCCAAUGGAACAAUUAGAGCUGGAGCUCAAUAAGAGAGCUGAGUAUAGUAAGCAGAUUGAGCAGUUGAAGACUUAUUUAAAGGAGAAGUUAUAUUUUCAGUAUUUAGAGUCUUCUUUAGAGUAUAUUUCUAUUGAGGGGCUUAGGAUUCAAGAAAACGACUUGUGUGAAUUCUUAAUAAAUGCGAUUGAGCCACUUAAAAAUAACUUUGAUCCUUUGAGGUAUGCAGUAUUUGUUGGGGAAGUUUUAUCAAGAAGCCCCACCGACAUUCAAUCAAAGGUGCAACUUCUCAAAAAGUUGAUGGGAGAGGAAGAUUUGUAUCAAGUUAAAGAUAAUUAUAAGAAUGCAAGUUUGACUCAAGAACAAAAUAUUGCACCAAAACAAGAAAUCAAAGGUGAUCUCUACUUUAGAUGCUUGCUCGCUUUAGAAUACUCCAAAUCUAAGGAUCUCAGUAUUGAUUGUGAGGAAACACUUGAGUUUUUGACACAAAAGCUGGACUCUUAUAGGGGAUUGGAGGCUGAAAUAUUGGCUCUCUAUCAUCGUUCAUAUGCUUCUUAUGAGAAAACUAUGGGGAGAGUAAGCAGGUUUUACAAACAAGCAAUACAUUACUUGUCCUAUACUCCAAUUAACAAAAUCCCAUAUAAAGAGAAGCCAUCUUUAGUCUAUGACUUGAUUAUGGCUGCUGUCAUUUCCGAAGAUAUAUAUAAUAUGGGUGAACUUGUUCUACAUCCAGUUGUCCAGGAGUUUAGUUCUAUAGUUAAGGGAAGUAACUCAGAACAAAUAGAUGAGUUGACUAAAAAAAAAUUUCUAGAAAAUGCCUGGAUACUUGAAGUUUUGGUUUCAUUACAUGAAGGUGACAUUGAUUCUUUUAUGAACACUAUUUCAAAGCAUCAAGAUAAAGUCAACAAAACCCCACUUUCCAUUCCAGAGAUCCAAGUUUGUGUUACUAAAAAGACCACAACUCUAGCACUUAUGGACUUGGCCUUUAGAAAAAAUAAGAAUGAAAGAAUUCUUACCUUUGAAGAGAUUGCAAAACAUUGUAGGAUUGGUAUAAAUGAAAUUGAAUUGUUGGUUAUGAAGGCAAUUAAUAUGAAUUUGAUUAGGGGUAUUAUCGACCAGGUAUCACAAACAGUGGAAAUUAGUUGGGUUCAUUCUAGAGUAUUAGAUAAGGCUAGAAUGAAAUUAUUGAUGGAAAAGAUGGAUAAUUGGAUCAAUUCCACCAUGAACGUUGUUUCCCAACUUGAGAAUAUUGCUCCUGAGCUAGUUAAUUGCUAA